UGAGAAAAGUGUUUUAUUUUACUACCGUCCUUAGAUUCUUGAAAAUAAGAAAAUUACAUUACCAGUUGGGAUAAUUCAAAUUAAACGCUAACAUGUGGAUAUAACUUCAUGUUCAGUCUACUUCUCAAGAACAUUUUUUUUUUCUGGCCCGAAGAACAACUAAAUGGCAAACUGAAAGAAAAAUUCUUUCAAACUCCCUAGAGCACUUUUUCUCCUAAGAAAUAGACUACACUAAGAAGGAAAGUUCCGCUGUGCGAGCGCAGCCUAGAAUAACAAGUGUGGCCCGCAAGGGUCAAACUUAGUAAAUCGCGCGCGCUCAUCACACUGGGCGCCAACCGUUGUGGGUUUUUCCUCCGCCGAGCAUCACGGGAGUAGUGGCGAGGCGCUAAUAGGAGCCGGCCCUGUAGAGAGAAACAAACUCCACGUGCAACCGUGGGACCGCCCUUGGUCAGACUCUUUGGGCUCACACUGCCUUGUCAAAGCGGCGAGAGGGUGUGGUCCUCUGUUUCCUGGAGUCCCGGAAGACGUUUCGUGACGCAAUUUCUGAGCGUACCAAUCCCAGGCCUCCGAGGGCGGGUUCUCGGGAUUUGAAAUCCAGCGCUGUUGUCUGUGUUGAGGUAGUGAGUGCGGAAGUCGAGUGUAGCUCCAGCCUGUGCCACUGCGGUUUUACGUGUCACCCUUGCCCCGGCCUCCGUGCGUCUGAGGUGCUGCGAGCCCUGGGGCUCCAGGCCCCUGGGCUUGGAGCCGAGCGGUAGCCACGGCCACGCGGUGCUGCCCUCACUGAGGUUCUCUGGACUCCUUCUGAAGUUCUGUCUGGAAUUUUGUGUUGAUUGAACUUUCUAUAAGAAGAAUUUUGUCACCACUGUCCUAUCAAGAUGAUUUUAACACCAUUGAAACAUUCAGGAAUUCAUUUGUCUUCUGGGACAUUGCAAAGAAGAAAUAUACCUCUAGAUGCAGUCUUUAUUGACAGCAUCCCUUCAGGCACACUUACUCCUGUGAAAGACUUGGUGAAAUAUCAGAAGUCCUCUCUAAAAUUGAAGGUCCAUCAAAAUAAUCAGUUAUUAGAAACAACAACUUCUAACAAUAAAAAUAUAUUUCAAUCCACCAUGCUAUCAGGGACUACCCCUUUAAACCGCUCUUUUGAUGUCAGUGUUAUAAAGCCCAACAUGGAUAGAUUAAAAAAUGAAACGAUUUAUGAAUCACCACAAAAAAUCUUUCAAAGAAUGAAAGAAAAAGUACAGCGUGACAAAGAAGAACUGUCAAGGAUCAGUUCCAUGUUGGCAUCACCAAAAUGUGAACAUAAAGUCUUUCCUCUUAACAGAGACAAGGAGACUCGGUUGCAACAUACCUAUAUCUGUGAGGAAAAAGAAAAAUCAUUCCAAUCCAAUAACCCUUCAUUGGAAGAUCCUCCAGUUCUGAACCAAGAACAGAAAUAUGUUUUAGCUUCAUGCAUUUCAAGGAAGGCAUUAACUAGAGCCCAGUUUGGCAGACAAGUUCUUCAUUCAAAAGAGAGUCCUGUUAAAACCACUGUGUCCAAAAAGAACACAUUUGUUUUGGAAGGCAUUGAUUCUACUUAUGAAAAGUUUGAAAGUACUGAUGUGAGCACCAUUAGUACUAUUUGUGUUCCUAUUAAGAAUCAUAGCCAGUUGACUACUUCUAAUAAUGAUAUGACAACAGAAAAUACAGCAAAAGAAGAUAUUACAGAACAAAAUGAUAAAACGACAUCUAGAAGGACUGUUCUUCAAGAUCCCAUAAGGAAUACAUCUGAAAUUAUAUGUGCAAAUCCAAGACUCAAUUCAACAAUAUCUGGCCAACCUCAAAGAAAGCUUACAAAGCUUGAAACUAUUGUAGGUGAAGUAAAAAAAUAUCAGGUAGUCAAGCUACAGGAAUGGAUGAUUAAAGUCAUCAAUAAUAAUACUGCUAUAUGUGUAGAAGGAAAGUUGGUAGAUAUGACUGAUGUUUAUUGGCAUAGUAAUGUAAUCAUAGAGCGGAUUAAAUACAAUGAACUUAGGACAUUAUCAGGCAACACAUAUAUAUUAAAAGGAAUGCUAGACCAGGCUUCCAUGAAAGAAGCAGGAUAUCCCUGUUAUCUCAUAAGAAAAUUUAUGUUUGGAUUCCCGAGAAAGUGGAAGGAAUACAUUGAUGAUUUUCUAGAACAAUUAAGGGCCGAAGAAAAGAACAAGAAUAAAACCAGACAGAAAACUGCAAGAUUCCAAGAGAAACAAAAAUCAAUAAAAAAUGAUGCAGAAGAUAAACAAACAGAUAUCCUCCGAAAGGCCAGCGUCACUUAUGACCUUAAUGAUGAUAGCUUAGAAAUGAAGAAAAAUGAGAACAGUGGGUUGCCAGGAGCUGCAGAAAUAAACAUCAGUUAUAACAGUUGUCAAAAUAAGCGUGAGUUAAGGCUCCUACAUAACCAAAAAUUAACUGGAAAGAAAAAUUGCAGAAAUUUUCCUUCAGAAACCUUUGAAAGUUGUGAAGAGAUCAAUGAAAAGAAAAUUCAAAGUGAGAAGCAAGAGAGAACUGAAGUUUUAAAUGUACCCAUUGAUCCAUUGAAGUCACUGGAACAGCCUACCUCCAACAAAGAAAGACACCCGCCUCUUGGUCAGAAGGAAGCUUAUGUUUUAAUGACACCACUUAGAACCACAAAGUUGAUAGAGCAAAGAUGUAUGGAACACAGUCUCUCUAUUGAAGGAGUAAGGGGUUUUCUCAAAGCAAACCAUCAAGAAGAAAGUGAGUCAGACGUACAUGGAAUGUCUACCAGCAAGUCCUCAGAGACCUUUGAACACAGUGUGGAUUAUAAAGGCAGUUCCAAAGAGGACUGCAGCAAAUGUGACAUAAUCACUGUCACACAUAGCAUUCCAAUACCUUGUCCCAAAAGUAAACAAAUGUUCACCAAUGACUUUAAGAAAAAGAACAAGUUGCCCUCGAAACUGCAGAAAACUGAAAAUCAAAUAGAUGUAUCACUGUAUAGUCAGUCCUCAUCACAUUUGUCAAGUAAAGAGAAUGAAAUAGAAGUUAAAGGUAAAACCAGAGCAAGAAAUAAAAAACAAAGGCUGGAUCAGCAGAGAAAAAACACAAACUACAUCACAAAAGAUAUCCUGAUUUCAGAAUCUUCAGGUGAGAGUGGUUCUUAUGUCACACCAAAGAAACCUAGAUCUUCUGCUAAAGAAUCACAUUACAAAUCUGAUAUUACCAAGGACUUUCUAAUUGAAGUUAAGGCAUCUGAUACAACUAACGGGCAACUGUUAGACCAUCAACCUGGUUCAACUGAUGAUGGAGAAUGGAAUGAACAAGAGUUACAGAAACUUCAUCGUGCUUUUGCAUCCCUUCCAAAGCACAAACCUGGCUUUUGGUCAGAUGUGGCUAUGGCAGUAGGUUCUCGAACUGCUGAUGAAUGCCAGAAGAAAUACACAGAAGAACCCCAAGGCAGAGGAUCUCGAAAAUAUGUCUCUAAGAAAAAGCAAGCCAACUUCAAGGUCCAAAAUGGUGAGGCAGAUGAUGCUGAUGACAAGCAAACUGUUAAGAUAACUGCCAGAGUGGGAACUCUUAAAAGGAAACGCCAAAUGAGGGAUUAUCUGGAACAGUUGCCGAAAGACAACCAUGAUGACUUUUUCACUGCAACACCCUUGCAGAAACAAAGAAUCCAGUUGCCAAGUUUUCAAUACAGUCAAGAUGAUGAUUUCCUGCUAGCUAUGGACAGGAAUCCAGUAUCUCCAGCAUCCAUUACUUCGACAUUGACAAGCACUACUCCGAAAUGUCAGCAUGUCAGUCCUAGUAUGCUAGCUUCUAUAAACAGGAAUGAUUGUGACAAAUAUAUUUACCACAUGCAAAAAAAUGCUAAAAAAUAUGGCAAGAGUAAUGGUAACCUUGUCUGGGGCAACAUUAGGAAAAAAACAGUUGAAACUGAUCUCUCAUCUCCAACACCAACACGAAAAGCCCUGUUUAACAAAGAUUUAGGUGAAAACACCGAUAUUGCAAAGUAUUUCAUUGAUGAUAGAGAAUCAGAUGAAGAAGAGAAAGAUUAUUACUUUUCCAGUUCUGACUUAUAGUAAAACGGAUUUGCAGGAAUUUUACCAUCAAGCAGAAUAUACUUAUACUUUCAUUUGAUGACUCACUAUUCUCUUUGUAGUAAGGGAAUGCAGAUUUGUCUCCCAAAGAUGUCCUAUGUUUGUAUGCAAGGUAAACGCCCUAAGAGCAUUCCUCAGAAUGCUGUUACAGCUAAUGAGUAUGAUUAUUUUGCCUGUGUAUGCAUUUGUAAAUUGUAUGUUUGUAAUGUUAAUGUAUAUAAAGCUCAAUCUCUUGAACAUCCAAGACUGUUUAUUUUAGUAAUCAUGUCUCAAAUACAUUUUUAAAUAAAAAUUUAAAAGCCCUUAAAUGAAGUGAGGUAAGGGUCUGGAUUUAAGAGUGUGGAUUGGCAGAUACUAGAAUGGAAACUUUUAGCAUCAUGCACAAGCCCGAGUUCCUUCUCUGUCUAAGUUAUGUAAUUCAAACUGUUUCACAUGUUUUUAUGUUUUACAUGCUUUUUCUUCUGAUAGUUUCUCUUAAAUUUACUAUACAUUGGUCUGUUUGUGUCUCUAUCUCUAAUUCAUUGUUCUUUAUUAUUUUAUAAAUUAAAGGAACCAGAGGACAGGUUCUGUUAUAUUCUGUAGCCCUGUUAUAUAUAGUUGAUAGAUCCACCAUUAUAAGGAAUUAUAAUGCCAGAAUAAACAGGUUUUCCGUUUUUGACAGCUUUAAAAGGUAACUUUCAUUCUGCCAUUGUUUUAAAGUUUGGCCUGUUAUUUGUCCUCUGGCUAUAAUAUGUAUUCAUCUUCACUUUGCAUCCAGUUAGACUGCUCAAAUAAAAAUGUAAACUUGUGAA